CGGAACGCGGAACACAGUACCUGAUGUUCAGAGAAAUAAUGGGUGGGUUGUUCCCCUGCAUGGGACUAAUGAGACCCUGGCGAUAUAUCCCUCCCGCAGCCUCGCGAGUUUAGUCUGGCUUGGCAACCGAACCAAACACGUUCGCGUCUAUUAUUGAGGCAGUGAGAGGGGUAGAGGAGAGCGAAGGAGCAAGAGCAGUCCUACACCCGCGGCGGCGAUUGCUUGACCAUGCAUGUUGAGUGCGUGCGAGCGAAAACGAUAUUUUACGCUCGAAUGUUGCGGCCGCUGAAGCUGUGGAGUUGCAUUAACUUUUACUGUAGGCCUGCGGAUUUUUGACGACAGAACACGUUUUUUUGUUUGUUUGUUAACACGCGUUUCCGAGCGAUGGUGGCAGAAUACCGGGUGCUGUUUGUGGAAGCUGUCCCUGCGUUUGCGGCACAGGUUGAGAAUGAAAGUCUGGAUGUAGCUGAUUGGAGUAACAGAGUUGGUGAUCAGAGAGUGGCGAGGGAGGAGGGGAGAUUCUGAAGUGGGUUUUCUCUGUGUGACUCUCCAGCGGCCAUGUUAACCAAGAAACCCUGCGCUGCCGUCUACCCGACUGGCAAAGGGGGUGAGGUUGUUUGCCAGCUACAGUCUUCCCCCGUAAUCGGCGUUGGGGGUCUCCGGGCCGGAGCAGGGACCGACCCGCCAUCACCCGUCACAUUACCUCCCCUCAGGAACACCAACUCAAUCACGCUCGGAGGCAAUAAGCACACGAUGAACGAGCACUUGCACACGGGGAACCACCAGCAGAUCCACGUUCAGCAGCUGUUCGAGGAGAACAGUAACAAGCGGACGGUGCUGACCACGCAGCCCAACGGGCUGACGGCGGUGGGGCGGCCGGGCCUCCCAUUGCCGGAGCGACAGCAGGAGGGGGGCCACUGCCGGCAGGGGAGCUCCGCCUCCCUCAAGUCCUCCGACGGCAAGCCCAAGCCCGUCCCCAUGACGCCCGAGCAGGCCAUGAAGCAGUACAUGUCCAAGCUGACGGCGUUCGAGCACCACGAGAUUUUCAACUACCCCGAGGUCUACUUCACGGGCCCCAACGCCAAGAAGCGGGCCGGCGUCAUCGGCGGCUCCAACAACGGCGGCUACGACGACGACCAGGGCUCCUACAUCCACGUGCCGCACGACCACAUCGCCUACCGCUACGAGGUGCUGAAGGUGAUCGGCAAGGGCAGCUUCGGCCAGGUGGUGAAGGCCUAUGACCACAAGACGCAGCAGCAUGUGGCCCUCAAGAUGGUGCGCAACGAGAAGCGCUUCCACCGUCAGGCGGCCGAGGAGAUCCGCAUCCUGGAGCACCUGCGCAAGCAGGACAAGGACGCGGCCAUGAACGUCAUCCACAUGCUGGAGAACUUCACAUUCCGCAACCACAUCUGCAUGACCUUCGAGCUGCUCAGCAUGAACCUCUACGAGCUCAUCAAGAAGAACAAGUUCCAGGGCUUCAGCCUGCCGCUGGUGCGCAAGUUCGCCCACUCCAUCCUGCAGUGCCUGGACUCGCUGCACAAGAACCGCAUCAUCCACUGCGACCUGAAGCCCGAGAACAUCCUGCUCAAGCAGCAGGGCCGCAGCGGCAUCAAGGUGAUCGACUUCGGCUCCAGCUGCUACGAGCACCAGCGCGUCUACACCUACAUCCAGUCCCGCUUCUACCGGGCCCCCGAGGUGAUCCUGGGCGCCCGCUACGGCAUGCCCAUCGACAUGUGGAGUCUAGGGUGCAUCCUGGCGGAGCUGCUGACAGGGUACCCCCUCCUGCCGGGGGAGGAUGAAGGGGACCAGCUGGCCUGCGUCAUCGAGCUCCUGGGCAUGCCCUCCCAGAAGCUGCUGGACGGAUCCAAAAGAGCCAAAAAUUUCGUCAGCUCCAAGGGUUACCCCCGGUACUGCACCGUCACCACCCUGCCGGACGGCUCGGUGGCGCUGACGGGGGGGCGGUCGCGCAGGGGCAAGCUGAGGGGCCCCCCGGGGAGCAAGGACUGGGUCACGGCCCUCAAGGGCUGCGACGACCCGCUCUUCCUGGACUUCCUCAAGCAGUGCCUGGAGUGGGACCCCGCCCUGCGCAUGACCCCCAGCCAGGCCCUGCGGCACCCGUGGCUCCGCAGACGCCUGCCCAAACCUCCCGCGGGGGAGAAGACCACCUCCGUCAAGCGCAUCACAGAGGGCUCCGGUGCUAUAACCUCCAUUUCCAAAUUACCUCCGACCUCGGGUUCAGCCUCCAAGCUGAGGACUAAUUUGGUGCAAAUGACUGACGCCAACGGGAAUAUCCAGCAAAGGACAGUGUUGCCAAAACUAGUCAGUUGAACUCCGAUGCGUGUUCUGUCCGGUAGUUUUGCUUUAAACAGGCAGAAAGACGGCAGUAUGAAAAGGAAAAGAGAAGAUGACCCCCAUAGCAUUUUUAAAGUUUGAAGGAUUUAGGUUUAGAGGUUUUUUUUAAAUGCAUUAUCUCUACAUAAUUUGUUGGCUUUGUAGCACAUUUUUUGAAAAUAUUUUAACUCUAAUUUAUUGGAAUGGCAAAAUAAAAGGGAACUAUGCUUUUAGGUUGGUUUUUCCGACUGUAUGCAAUUUUGCAGGUUGUUAUUAUUCAUGCAGUUUGGCAUAAUACAUUAUGAAGCCCAGGCAGAUUGAACACUUCAGUGUUGUAGUGUAAAAAAUAAAUGGAGUGGCUGGCCACAAUGAAGUGAUGUUGGCAUCCACUGUUGUAUGAAUUUGAGAGCUUUUAGUCAAUUAUCUUUGUACCUGUUUAUCAUAGGUUGUGCUGUGGAUGAGGUGAGGAUGGAGUUAAACAGCAUUUUUUUUUGUAGAGCCCGUGAGAAGUGUGGCACUUUGUUAACUGCUCAUUUUGAACGGUUUCUGUGCCUGAUCGAUAUUAGUUGCAAGACAGCAGCUUUUAGUGGUUAGAGGAGGAUUUUUGAGAUUUGGGAAAAGAAACGUGAGAGAAAACGUGAGAGGACUGGCUGUUGGAUGAUGUCAUUGUCAGAAGAAGGAAAAAAAGAGGAACAUGCAAAAAAAUUUAAGUAUGUUUACAUAAGACAUGGUAUGUGCCUAAAAUUCUCUUGACAUUCCUUAUGAACAGAAAGGAGUAGAAAAGAGGGUAGACAAGCCUACCUUACAUAUAGAAGCAGCCGUCAAAGGCAGCAGUUAAGAAUGAAGUCAUUUCACAGAGGAGAAGCUUACAGCAAGCAUGAUAUGUGCUACAUAAUAUUGUAGUGGCUAUUCCGAACUGAUGGAGCAGCGUCAGUUCGAAAAAGAAGUUAUAUUGUCAGAAGAAAAAAAAAAAUACUUUGGUGCUUUACCUUCUUGAAGGUAUUUAUAUUAUUAAACAGGUAUGACACAUCUUAGUUUUGAAAACCACUCUGGUUUUAGUGGCUUAUGAGCAGUAGGUGUUGAUUUGAAGCGGUUUUGAGCUGGGUCCAGUGAUGUGAGGGCUCCUUGCUGUGAAGGUGCGGAAGGAACGAGCAUGCUGAGGAAUGGUUGUGAUUGGUGGAGGGUCUGCACUGACAGGAGGUGCGGGAGUGCACUGCACACACUCGAAUCUGAGUUUGUUUGGUGUCUCACCAGGCUGGCUUCAGAGAAUGAGAUGGAAAUGGUGGAAGUGACAGGGUGCAAUUUGGUGGAGUGGCUCUCAGAAUCAGGGCUUGAUUUCUCUCUUCGUGAUUUUGAAUGUAACAUUGUGAAUUACUUUGACUUGCUGACUUGUAGCGCCAGUAGAACAGCUCCUGCAUCUCACAUUUGGUAGGACUAUGUAUAGAUUUCGAGUGGGCUCAUAAGUAUUUCGGAAAACACUUAAGAGCAUGUUCCCUUGCAAGGCCAAAAAUUGUUUCAGGAAUUGUAAAUGAAAGUGCAACUUGGACACCCCAGAUUCCUUUCAUAUUUUUCCACACAAAACCUGUAUGAAAGAGUGGGUCAAUGCAUUAUACACUGAAGUCUGUGAAGACACAGCUAGAAGAAUAUAUGUGUUUCCUAAAACACCCCACUGAGCCUGACUUAAAAGGAAUCUGCCGUUUUUGUAGCAUUUUGAUGCAUUUUUAGGAAGCAUAAUCUUGUUUUUAAAGCUUUGUAAAAGUUCUGUUAAUUUAUUUCCUAUAAAUGAUUCUCAAAGAAGAGCUAAUAUAAAACGUAAAACACUACUGGAGGCAGUCUGAGGCCUGACUGUGUUGCGCUGGAUUUGGUGACCACAGGGAGUGUGCUGUGCUGUUGGGUCCUAAUCCUUCAGACCUUUAUCUACAGCGACACAGAGGCCCCUGUUUUAUUUCAAAGGAAAGGAAUCCCUUAAGUCACGCUCGCCAUCUCUUAGGAAGCUCUUGCAAGUGGGUAAGGAGUGUCGGGGUUAGUUUGGUCAUGGGGUGUGUGUGAGUGAGACAAGAGCGUGAGCCUCAAACCCCACCACUCCCCCCCCAAAUUUGUGUCUGGUUCAGUGCUGCAAACACCACUCACUGGCGCCCCCCUGCUGGCCACAGCCCCACCACCCAAGCCUGUUGCAGACGCGCACAAUCUCACGAACGACAGGAGGCUUUUGGUGUUAGCUUUUUUUUUUUUCUUUUGUUUUGUAAAUGUGUAUUAACGGUAGUGGGGAAGAAUUGUGCCCUUAGGUCUAAAACAAUGUGCCUUUGGUUAUCAAUGCCAUUCUUUUCUUACUUUGCGGUAAUGCCUCUCAACCCCCACGGGAUUAAAAUAGCUGGCCUAUACAUGUAGGUACACUUUUGAGCAACACCCAGAGAUUCCCUCCCCUCCCCCUGUACCCAUAAAAUGGCAACCGGGAGGAUAUGGCCACACAGCUGAAAUGUUUCCUUGGAGAUGACGUACAGAGGCUCUGUCCACUGUGGGAGAAGUAGUACUGUCACCAGGUAGACAUCAGAAAAAAAAGAUCCUAUUAGGUGCAAGGAUUUUUCUCACAGGGUGAAAGUGACUUUUGUCACUGCAAUAUCUUAUUGUCUUAACAUCAAACAAUUCAAGAGGUAACAUUUCUCUCACUUUAUGACUAUAAAAAGAAGAAAAAAAACAUACUUUUUAAGAAUUUACCUCAGACUGUUGUGAUACAUUCUUAUUGUGAUUUAAAAAAAAACCCAGGGCAUUUGGUAUGUACCAAAGUGCAUUCCUCUGUAUGUUUUUGGCUAUCAGAAAAAGUAGCCAGUAAUUUUUUUUUUUUUUUGCAUGGGUGAGAGAUGUCUAGGCCACUUUUAUGUCUCUCCGGGGCCAUUUUCGGAGAACUCUGGUCUUUAAUGGAAAAAGAAAAGCAUUGAGGUCUUUUGAGCUGGGCCAUGUUGCUUACUUCUGAAACCACCCGUUUCCAGUCUAUGAACAAUGUAGCACAACACUGUCGGGUGUAUCCGCAGUGCAGUGUAAUCUUUCACUCAUAAGCCUACAGCAAAUCCACAUUUUAGCCCAAUGUACAACAUGGUAGCAAAAUCUGUGAGAGAACUGAGCAGCUGGUAAAAAGAAAAAUUGAAAGCUUGUACCUUUUGCUACUUCCUGUCAGAAUGUUACACCUGAAUCAUAAGUUCAGCUGUUGUCUGUCAGCCUCAGAACCAGAGGCCUGAGGCCUGUGGUAAUCUGAGCUACAACAAUUACACGCUUGUGUUCUGCCGCGAUGAAGUGUACUGUACAUAUGUGAAAUUUGGUAUGGAUUCAAUGUGGAUGUGUACAUAUGUAUGUAUGUGUUUUUUUUUUUUUUUCUUCUGGUGAGAUGCUGCUUAAAACACUACAUGAGUGCUGUAGUGGGUUUUAAUCUUGGCGGCCAGUUUUACUGAUACUGUAUGUAUUGUACAGCUGAUGGAAGUAUAAACUUUUUCUAGUGAAUAUUUGUUUAAAUUUACUGUUGUGG